CGAGAGAGUGGUUCCACCAUAUUCCCGAAGUCUUCAGGGAGGCUUCCUGGCCUGGAUCAGCAGGACGAGCUCGGCCAGAAGGCCUUUCUCCCGGAAACUGCUAGGGCCUGAACCGGUGAUGAUCCCCUCUGUUCACCUGGGAAUCCCCGCCCUCCGGGCCCCAUGAGGCCUUCAGCGGACCAGCCCCCGGACCCUCCCGCCACUCCGACGAUGGCCAAGGGGCUUCUGAAGACCUACGUCCUCUGGGCCGUGGGGGGUCCCGUCGGUCUGCAUCACCUGUACCUGGGGCGGGACAGCCACGCCCUUCUGUGGAUGCUCACUUUGGGGGGAGGUGGGCUGGGCUGGCUGUGGGAUUUUUGGAAGAUUCCGGGCUUCGUGGCCCAAGCCAACCAGACCCGGGACUCCAGGGGGGUCGGCAGGGAGCAGCCGCCCCUGAGUCUCCUGCGCUUUGCUGGCCAGGUGCUGGUGGGGAUCUACUUUGGUCUUGGGGCCCUGAUCGCCCUCUCCUCCCUGACGAGCUUUUACGUCGUGGCCCUUCCUCUGGCUGUCGGCCUGGGGGUCCUGCUGGUGGCUGCCGUGGGCGACCAGACCUCUGACCUCAGGAGCACCCUGGGAGCGGCCUUCCUCACGUCCCCCAUCUUCUACGGCCGCCCCAUUGCCAUCCUCCCCAUCAGCUUUGUCGCCACGGUGACCGCCCAGAGGCACCGGUGUUACAAGGGCCCCCAGGGGUCCGAGACGGUCAGCGUGAGGCUGUACCGCCUGGGCUUGGCCUAUCUGGCUUUCACCGCCCCGCUGGCCUACAGUGCCCUCUGCAACACAGCCGCCACCAUCCGCUAUGUGGCCGAGACCCUCGGCUCCUUCCUCAGCUGGUUCAGCUUCUUCCCCUUGCUGGGCCGCCUCCUGGAGACCAUCCUCCUCCUGCCUUACCGCGUCUGGAGGCUGCUCGUGGGAGACUCCACUUUCGGCAGCGGCCAUUUCCAGGAGUGGGAGAGGCUCUACGAGUUUGUCCGUGGCUUUCAGGAUGAGAAGAGGCAGUUGGCUUUCCAGGUUUUGGGUCUCCGUGAUGGGGCAGCCACCGACGAGAUCAAUCGGAGCUACCGGGAGCUGGUGAAGGCCUGGCAUCCCGACCACAACCGGCACCGGGCGGAGGAAGCGGAGAAGCGAUUCCUUGAGAUCCAGGCUGCCUACGAAAUCCUCACCCAGCCUAGGCGGCCUGGGGCUCUGUGACAUGCUGAGGGGCAUUUUGGGGGGCUGGGGAGGAGGGCUAGGCUCAGUCCUGCUCCUGGCGCCCUUCCCGGGCCUCAGCGGGAGGAACUUGCCAGGCCUCCUGCCCCUCUCUGGUUUGCCCAGUGGCUUCCGGGAAGAUUGGCGUCAGUGGAUUUGUUUGGAGUUAGGGGAACAGGUAUCUGUGCUGACAAGUUGUCUUUAUCCCUUCCAUGAUAGGAAGGGGUAGUUUAUAUGACAAAUAAAAAUACUCUGAGCUCCUGGUUCUUAGGGAGGUUGAGAAGAA